AUGCCGUUCUCGGCGCCGCCGCCCGCCAGCGGCGAGCGCUACGCGCUGUCCGCCAGCCUGGACAAUGCCCGGCACCUAUCCAGCCUCCUGCGGGCCGUGCACUUCCAGGACCACGCCACCUGCUUCGCCACGGCCAGCGGGCUGCGCGUGACGGUGGAGGAUGCCAAGUGCAUCCAGGCCAACGCCUUCAUCCAGGCAGAAAUUUUUCAGGAAUUUUCUGUUCAGGAGGAAUCGGUGAUGUUCCGGAUCAGUUUGUCUGUUCUUCUGGACUGCCUGACCAUUUUUGGAACCAGCUCAAUGCCAGGAACAUCAACCGCCCUUAGAAUGUGUUACCGUGGGUAUGGGUAUCCCCUGAUGCUGUUCUUGGAAGAAGGAGGAGUAGUAACAGUGUGCAAAAUCAACACUCAAGAACCAGAGGAGUUGUUAGAUUUUGAUUUCUGCAGUACAAAGGUUGUUAAUAAAAUUAUCCUGCAGUCGGAGGGACUACGAGAAGCAUUUGCUGAACUGGAUAUGACCAGUGAAGUUCUGCAGAUUACCAUGUCUCCAGAUAAACCCUACUUCAGGUUAUCCACUUUUGGAAAUGCUGGAAGUGCACAUCUAGACUACCCUAGGGACUCCGAUUUGAUGGAAGCAUUCCACUGUAGCCAGACCCAGACAAACAGGUACAAGAUUUCUUUGCUUAAACCAUCCACAAAGGCACUGGCUUUGUCUUGUAAAGUGUCCAUUCGAACAGAUGCUCAAGGAUUUCUUUCACUGCAGUAUAUGAUUAGGAAUGAAGAUGGACAGAUCUGUUUUGUGGAAUACUAUUGUUGCCCUGAUGAGAACAUCACUGAAGCAGAACUGUAGGUGUGUGUGCUGGUGUCUGUAAUAUAUUUUUGGUUAUAUAAAAUACUAUAUUUUUUUACAAAACUAAAUGAAAGCUGUAAAGUUUGAUAGAGUUAAUAUUGUCUUUAUUUUUUAACUCUGGAAUAAGAAAGCUGAAGACUUUCAUUUUUCUUUGACUGCAAACAUUUCUUAGCCUUGACUCAAACUGAAGCUGAAAAAGCAGAAAGGGGAGUUGAUGUCCUAUAGGCACUGCUUCCUGCACAGAUGUUAAAGUACUGUUUGUGUAAUACAUUGAUGCUUUUUACAGUGUUCUCCAAGAACUUUUGGUUUUGUUUUGUUUUUUUGUCUUUGGCUUCUAGUAAGCAAUUACACAAGGGAAAAUCUGAAUACUAGCUGUAUAUUAGCCAGUUAACUUUCAGUGACUUAAAACCAAAUUUCUCUUGAAAGAGGACAACAUUUUCAAACUGAUGUCUCAAUAGCAGCAGGUGGUUUCUUUCUGGCAAAUGCUGACAUGUUUUGUCAGUGAAGCCAGUAGGGUCCUCCUCAUCUUGAUUAAUUCUUAAUAUAAUUCAAUUCCUUGGAGUUUCAUCUGACACCAAUUUACCAUUUUGUCUGCAAACUGAUGUUGAAUUGGUAAUUUGAUAUAGAAGCCUCAUUACUCAUAACUCUUCUGGCAACAUCAUUGUUUUGGAUCAGUAGUUAAUUACACAUCUGCGAGAAUGCUCCAGCUGAAGUGCUUCUGUACGUUCCUGUCCCUGUUCCUACCAUGCUGCUCUCUACUAAUGCUGCUAAGAAUUGUAAGAGAGAAAAGUUUCAUAUUUAAAAUUAUUUGUGAAAUUCAUUUGCCUUCUCAGUAGCCUUUUUCAGCAACAGGAGUUGCUCCUAAACAGCAGCAGGGGAAUAUCUGCCUGUGUCCCAUGGAGUGGUAUGUUCAUAUCUCUGCUGAAAAUGGGGCUGACCUCAUACUCAUUGAAAAGGGAGUGUGGAUCCUGGGCAGUUUUCUGCAGUGUCCCACCUUCAGAACAGAAGCUGAGUUGUGUUUAGGUCAAAAGUCCACUUGUCCUUUCACACCAGACAACCUGCUCAGAAUAGGAAGUACCUGGGACCAGCCAGGCACUGGACUGGAUGCAGAGUCUGCAAAUCACACACAGAGACUGAGCCCUCCCUGCUGUGGGAUGUGAUCGAAGAGUCAGCAAUCUGCAGGUGUUUUCUACGGCGUCAGACUGUGGUCAAGUUUUAUUGUUUGUCACAUGAGGUCCUGCUUUGUUUUCUGUGGAAAACAGUGUGUUUGUAUGUUACCAAGUUGAUUGCUCCAUUGUUCAACAGAACCCUUUGGGUUUAUUUUGAGUUUAAAAUGCUUUUGUGGAUCAUUUUUCACCUCUUAUAUAUGUCAGCAAGAGUAUACUUUUAAAAUGCAAAGUCUUAGCCAUUCACUUUUGUUGGUUUUUGUGCAAGUCAUUCAUUUAUUGCAAUAAAGUUUAUGUUUGAUAAAACAUGAAAAAUUUUUGAACUACAAGGCUGAAAUAGAUACCUAAUAUUCUAAGUUACUCUUAUUUAUUGGGGUUUUUUUCCAAAUGUAAGUAUCCAGUAUGAAUGAACUUCCUUCUAGCUUACUGUCUCAAUUUCUUCAAUCAAAAAAUAAAAGAAGUUGUGGUCUCA